GCGGAGUGUGAGUCGGUAGGCUUGGCCCUCGCGAGCGAGAGAGCGGAGUCGCGGCCUGUCAGAGUCCACAGUCCUAACUCGGCCUCAGGCUGCGAUAGAUCGUAUCUUUCGCGCUACCGAUCUCUUGUAGUCAUUCAAUCCUCGCGAUCAAGCGAAUCGCGCGCGAUAGCAGUCGCGGAUAACGAUCAAGCGUGCGCGCGCGCGCGGCGCAACCCUUUUCUUCUUCGCCGGCCGAAUCAGCUACACCCCCUCCCCCUCCCCUCUAAUCGAUCGCGAGUUAUCGAACGACCUUCGAUUAAUAUAGCGCAAAAAAUCCUCCGCGAGUGACUUAACUACCCCUCGCCAGCCUCUUAUCGUGGAAAUCGUUUCUUCUUCUUUUUUCACCGAUCGAAGCGAAGAAGCGAACGUGAGGGCGAAUUAUCGCCAUUGCGUUCGUAAAAGAACGGGAUAUCGGGAUACUGUUACGAGAGAUGCCCUCGAGAUCACGGUGUUGCCCAAACCACAUCUGAGCAAACGAGUUAUAAAUCAGAUCGAAAGAUGCAGGCAGCACCGCCUCUGCUGUCGUUCCUCCUGAUCCUUUUGUAUCAUUCAGGAUGGAUCCACGGGCUCUGCAGGCUGGAGAACAGCACCACAGCAUGGUGCAACCAACUGAAAGACCUCAAGGACGUCGAGACGCAUGAUCUGGAGACCUUGAGUGCUCCGAUAGCACAAGACGUUUUAAUUCCGGGCCUCUUUGACAAUUUGACUAGCCUUAGGCAUCUUGACCUGUCCGAUGGCGACCUGAAGAAGAUCGAACCAGGAAGUUUUCGAACUUUAAACAACUUGAAAUCUCUCAAUCUUGGCGAUAAUCGCAUCGAAUACCUGGAUCUAGCUUCCCUGGAGGGUCUGAUCCACCUACGAAGUUUAAACCUGCGGAGGAAUGUCAUCCGACAACUGCCACCUGCACUGGCGCGUCUAAAAAAUCUUAAGCAUCUAGACAUUCACGGUAAUCCGAUCGAGUGCAACUGUGCCACCCUCAAAGUCCGCGAUCUUAUCGUACAGAGGGGCGUGACGGUGUCGAAGAAAGUCGUGUGCGCGGGUCCCGGCAACAUGAAGGGCACGUCGCUGAUGAAACCAAGCGCGGUGAUCAUUUGCAGCUUCGAAGAGCAGGAUCGGGAAAUGCAAAACGACCAAGCGGAAGGAUCUGGGGAGUCGGAUUUAGGAUCCGGAGACGUGUUGGAUGCAUUUAAUGAAGAGGAAGAAGAGGAAGAAGAAGAGGAAGACAUAGAAGAUAAAAACAACACAUCGGAAAAACCAAAAGAAUCAGAAGUUGAAACGCCUUUCCCGACCGUGCUGAUAGAUCCCACGACAGAAUCUUCUACCUCGAAAAUAGCCGUGGAGGUCACUACUGGCACAACAAUGAAUUCUUUACAACAUAGCACGGAGGACGAAGAAAUUUUCUUCGACAACGAAGAUAAGAAGGAACAAACAUCCACGACUGAAAUGUCGCAAAAGAAGGACAUUAAAGAUGUCUUGUUUUAUCCAACCACAGGUUCUGGCGAUGGGGAUGAAGGUUCCGGCGAAGGAUCUGGUGCUACUGGAACGCAUUACGAUGAGGAGGAGACUGAGAAGGUAGAUACUAGUGAGGGAUUCUUUGCCACGGGAGCAGGCUUCUUGAAUACGCUUUUUGGAUUUGGAACUUCCGUGACUACGUCGACGACUAAAGAGCCAAAUCUUGAAGAGGAGGAAUUUAUACACGUAUCGACUACUAAUUUGGCCACUGAGGAAACAAUCGUGUCUGACAAAAGCUAUUCAGUUGAAGCCGGUAUUGGAAAAUCCACCGAGGCUACCACAAAGGUCAUACCGCCUAAUCUUAACACGAACGACGUAGUGAUAGCGUCUUCUGAUGUAGUCGAUGAUUCUAAAUCUGGUAAUAUGAUGGACAGAGGUAACAAUGAACAAGCAGUAUCUUCACCCAAGCAAUCCAAGAAAGGCAUGGGCUCGUACGUCGUUCUGGCGGUUCUACUCGCCAUAGUGGUGGCGUUGAUCGGUUUCGCCGCGUACAGAGGCGAUAUAUGUAAAAAGAGGAAGUCACGCGAUGUAGAAACAGGCACUGAGAUGAAGGAGAUACAGAAAUCUCUUUUAGAACACGGUGAAAAUUCGACUCAACCGAAGAAGGCGAACACACCCUACGUAACGGAACUCGAGAGCGAUCCUCUCGUGAAAGUCAAAUCUGCUGGUGACGAUGCGAAAAUUGAUGAGAUCCACGAUGACGACUAUCAAACGCGAGAAACGCCGCGUCUCAAUGGCACUGUUGAUCAUUCAGAACCCGCGAAGCCGCCUAGGAAGCAACUUUCACAGGACGAAAAUGCAAUUUCACAAGACGAUGAGGUGAGAGAGGAGAGACCUCGUGUGGAUAUAAAUUCCUUGAAGAAAAAUUUCCUGGAGGAUAGGACUCCGCAACCCUCUACUUCGGCGACGAUCAAUGGACCGACGACGCAUUUUCCAGAGCCCAAUGGACCACCGCUCAGUCCAGGGGCCCAAAGAGUGAAGAUCACUCUGCAGGAGAUUCCCGACAGUGUGCCAAAGACGCCUAUACUCAUUACGCGAACAAUGGCUGGUGAGAAUCUAGUCAAGACGCCAUGAAGCAGCGUCCUGGGGAGAGAAUCUACGAGAAAUAACGAACGUUAUAUCGACCGACCAACGUGCUCGUCUGUCGAACAGAAAUCGAGAGACAAAUAUGUGUGGAAAUGAA